AUGCAUUACCUUGUACUCGCUUUGCUUUUCACCAUCGGACCUUCGGGCCAUGCUAGUCCUGCCAUUGAAAUCCAGGAGGAUGACAUUAUAAUCAUCCCAGAACAACAGGGAUUUUUUGAAGGAUACCCAGAAUCUCGGGUUGUAAAAUCGAGGUCAGAGUACUAUUGGAAAGGAAGCACCUUGGUCUAUAGUUUUGGCGAGGGAUUAUCUCCCUCGGACACAGCUCGUGUUGAAAGCACCAUGGCAGAUAUAUCAUCUCAGACCUGUGUGAGAUUUCGCAGGACAGAAAACCCUCGAGAGCCACAGGUGGUAAUACAAAGGCAAGGUUCCGGCUGCCGGUCCUAUGUGGGAUAUUUGGGCCGGGCAGACCAGGCUCUCAAUCUGGCCAGGGGCUGCAUGUCUAGUCGAACCAUACAGCAUGAACUACUCCAUGCAUUGGCCUUCUAUCACGCCCAGAGCGAUCCGCAAAGGGACAGCUAUGUAAGGAUCCAUACAGAAAACAUAAAACCCGGUCACGAAAAGAACUUCAAGAAACUUCGGGCCAAUGGAGUGACAAACUUUGGACUUGGUUAUGACUAUGACAGCAUUAUGCACUAUGGACCAUUUGCAUUCUCCAAGAACGGUAAACCCACUAUCGUUCCUCUCAAGGCGGAUGCAAAAAUUGGCGAGGCAAGACAACUAAGUCCAAAGGAUGUGGAAACCCUAAGACGGAUGUACUGCUAAUCCUAUAAUCUUUAAAUAGUAAACUCAAGAGGCUAGUAGUAGAUAAUUUGGUUAUCUCUGAAACAAUAUUUUAUAAAUCCUAAUUAAU